CCGCGCCCCGAGCCCCCUGCCCGCCCGCCCGCGCCGGGACCGGGCGGCGGCGCAGCCCCCGGCGCCGCCGGCAGCGGGGGCCCCGCGGAGCAUGUCGGGGGAGAGCGACAUGGAGCGAGCCAUCAAGGAAACUUCCAUUUUAGAGGAAUACAAUAUCAACUGGACUCAGAAGCUGGGAGCUGGAAUCAGUGGUCCAGUUAGAGUCUGUGUGAAGAAAUCUACCCAAGAGCGAUUUGCACUGAAAAUUCUUUUUGAUCGUCCAAAAGCUAGAAAUGAGGUACGUCUGCACAUGAUGUGCGCCACACAUCCAAAUAUUGUUCAGAUUAUUGAAGUGUUUGCUAACAGUGUACAGUUUCCUCAUGAGUCCAGCCCCAGGGCUCGACUCUUAAUUGUAAUGGAGAUGAUGGAAGGGGGAGAGCUAUUUCACAGAAUCAGCCAGCACCGGCACUUUACAGAGAAGCAAGCCAGCCAAGUAACAAAGCAGGCAACUUUGGCUCUACAGCACUGUCACUUGUUAAACAUUGCACACAGAGACCUCAAGCCUGAAAAUCUGCUCUUCAAGGAUAACUCUUUGGAUGCCCCGGUGAAGUUGUGUGACUUCGGGUUUGCCAAAAUUGACCAAGGUGACUUGAUGACGCCCCAAUUCACCCCUUAUUAUGUAGCACCUCAGGUACUGGAGGCGCAGAGAAGGCAUCAGAAGGAGAAGUCUGGCAUCAUACCUACCUCACCAACACCCUACACCUACAACAAGAGCUGUGACCUGUGGUCACUGGGUGUGAUCAUCUACGUGAUGCUGUGCGGGUACCCACCCUUCUACUCCAAACACCACAGCCGGACCAUCCCGAAGGACAUGCGGAGGAAGAUCAUGACGGGCAGUUUCGAGUUCCCGGAGGAGGAGUGGAGCCAGAUCUCGGAGAUGGCCAAGGACGUGGUGAGGAGGCUUUUGAAGGUCAAGCCGGAGGAAAGACUGACUAUCGAGGGGGUGCUGGACCACCCUUGGCUGAACUCAACCGAGGCCUUGGAUAACGUGCUCCCCUCUGCCCAGCUGAUGAUGGAUAAGGCCGUGGUGGCGGGGAUCCAGCAGGCGCACGCGGAGCAGCUGGCCAACAUGCGCAUCCAGGACCCCAAGGUCAGCCUGAAGCCCCUGCACUCCGUGAACAACCCCAUUCUCCGAAAGAGGAAGCUGCUCGGCACCAAGCCAAAGGACAGCGUUUAUAUCCAUGGCCGCGAGAAUGGAGCUGAGGAUUCCAACGUUGCCUUGGAGAAACUUCGAGACGUGAUUGCUCAGUGUAUUCUCCCGCAGGCUGGUAAAGGAGAGAAUGAAGACGAGAAGCUGAAUGAAGUGAUGCAGGAGGCCUGGAAGUAUAACCGGGAAUGCAAACUUCUCCGCGACACUCUGCAGAGCUUCAGCUGGAACGGUCGUGGAUUCACAGAUAAAGUUGAUCGACUAAAGCUGGCAGAAAUUGUGAAGCAAGUGAUAGAAGAACAGACCACAUCCCAUGAAUCCCAAUAAUGAGAAAUCAGACUUUGUUUUUUAAUAAUUUGAAAUAUUAUUCUUUAAUGUAUAAAGUAAUUUUUAUGUAAAUUAAUAAAUCCUAAUUUCAUUUCCAUAUUGUUGAAAUAUGCUGUAUACAUUUAGAUACAGGAUUUAUUCAUAGCAUAGUUUAUUUGUGUGUUUUAAAGGAAAGUUCAGUUCCUAGAGUUAUACUAUUUAUUACUUUAGGACUGUUUAGUCAUAUAUUUGUAAGAUGACAGAUGGAAUUAUCAAGCAAAAUUGCUUUAUUUGCAAUAAAGUAUACAAAAAUGA